GAGAGGCUGGUGAGAGAGUUAGGCUAAAGAUCUCCAGUCGACAGAUCUGCUCUGGAAGUGUGCAGUUCCUCCAGUGAUCAUCCUUCUGUUAUUCAGUCAUGUUGGUGUUACUCGCUGCCAUCUUCGUCCUCCACCUCUGCUCCAUCACUCUGCUGCUGGCCGCCACCAUCCAUAACGCCUGGUGGAUGACCGACACUGUGUCCACUGAUAUCUGGGGUCGCUGGACUCUGGUAGGCGGACAGUGGAACUUCACUGAGAUUCCUAACGUCAAUGCCAAAGAGUACCUGCAGGCGGUUCAGGCCAGCUCUGUGCUCGCGUGUAUCUUCUGCAUCCUGGGCCUGUUCGUGUUCGUGGCUCAGCUCUACACACUACCUAAAGGAAGACGCUUUCUGUUCACUGGAGUCUUCCAGCUGCUGGCCUUUCUGUGCAUCAUGAUCGCCGCCUCCAUCUACACGGAGAUCUUCCAUAAGGGCGAGGAGAACGGCUGGUACGGAGCCUCCUUCAUCCUGGCCUGGAUCUCCGUCUGCCUCACCUUCCUCUCCUGCGUCACCUACUUCAUCCUGCGCAAGAAAACUGCGUGAAGAACACACACACACACUCAAAGACUACAUGACAACACACACACUCUCUCCACUGUUGUUCUCAUCCUUCAGUCUCAGGCUGCGCUGCAGUGCUUCAGAUGAAUAUAAUCUUAGAGACACACAUCACUCAUCAUCUCUCACAUCAAGCCCCAUACACACAUGGGUGAUUACCUCAAAACACUUGUGUGUGUUUCCAUGUUAAAACAUUCAUCACGUGUCCUAACUAAAGAUCUGAUGCGGGAUGCUUUAGUCACUUUAAGCAUGUAAUUGUUGGUCACUUCUAUAUGUGCAAAAACACUUCAUCAUAAUUAAUAAGACCCCUGAUAUAGAGACGUGUUGGCCAACUGUCCUGUUUUCAUAUAACAAUAUAACCGUACAGAGGAGGCAUAACCUACUUUAAAUGUAUUGAAAUUAAUAAGGUAUCUUUGAGUAUCAUUUGAGUCGGCCCAUGUGUUUGCUGGGCCGAGUGUCCUGGUUUCUGGUAAUCUAAAUAUGGUCAUCCAUGUUUGAACAACUAUGACAAGUUUGGGAAUCUUUAAUCAAUGCGAUCCUAAAAACUGGACAAUUAAAUAUAAUUCUAUCACUUUGUUUUCCAUGUAAUAAUGUAUAUCUGUUGAUAUUUUGUGAUGAAAGCAACUUUAGAGUCUAGUAAUAAUUAAAAUAUUGAGAGCAAAUAUCAAUAAAGCACACAGUUUAUUGUUUAUUUACAGAA